AUGGAAAGCUUUGACCUGGUCAUCGUAGGAGCAGGUUGGCAUGGCCUUGCCAUGGCUAAGACGUACCACGAAGUUUGUCCCGAUCAUACCAUGCUCGUCGUCGAUGCUGCGCAAUCCAUCGGCGGAACCUGGGCAGCGGAACGCCUAUACCCUGGUCUCAAGACCAACAAUAUCAUCGGCUCGUAUGAAUUCGGCGACUUCCCCAUGACGCCGGAACAUUUCGCUGUCCAGGCUGGGCAACAUAUCCCUGGCGCCGUUGUGCAUGAGUACUUGUGUAGAUUUGCCAAAGAGUUUGACCUCACGUCGCGAAUAAGGCUGCGGACGAAGGUUGAGUCGGCUGAGAUGCAAGAAGGUGGAGAUUGGUUGCUUCGAGUGUGCACAAUUGGCGUUGGGAGUCGUCAGAUAUCGACUUUGCUCGCAAGAAGGCUCGUUGUCGCCACCGGAUUGACCUCCGAGCCGCAUCUACCUGACUAUAAGGGCAGGGAGAGCUUCACUGGUAACCUCCUCCAUUCGCGCCAGCUGAAAGACCGGGCAGAUGAUAUCCGACAGUCAAAGGAGGUCGUCGUGGUCGGAGCUAAUAAAUCCGCAUGGGACACUUGCUACACCGCAGCAAUGGCGGGAGCACAUGUUAGUAUGGUCAUUCGGCCAGGCGGUGGGGGCCCCUCUUGGGUGUGGCCGGUCAAGCUCCCUUUUGGACUCUCCUUGCAGAAGAUGGCGACGACAAGGUUCUUCACAAUGUUUGACCCUUGCAUCUGGAGUGAGAAUAGCGGUGGCUUCGGUUGGGCUCGAAGAGUGCUGCACCGAACAUGGCUUGGCCGGCAAGUCGUGAAGUGGUUUUGGAAGAUGCUCGCCAUUCCCGUGCUCUCAGCAAACGGCUAUUCCACGCACCCUGAGUUGGCGAAGCUGAAACCUUGGAGCUCAAUGUUCUGGAUGGGUAACUCCCUGGGAGUACACAACUACGAGACAAAUUGGUUCGAAUUGGUAAAGCAAGGGAAGAUCAACAUCCAUAUCGGCGAUGUGACGUCCUUGUCGGGUAACAAGGUGCUUCUCUCGAACGGCAUCGUCCUUGUUGCCGACACAUUUGUCUCUUGUACGGGGUGGAAGGUGGCGCCGCCGAUCGAGUUCUUACCGGAAAGCAUCACCGCAGAGUUGGGUAUUCCGGGGUUAGGUGGCUCAGAGGAUACAUCCCUCCUGGAACACGCAGUGGAGGAGAUCUCGGGAGCUGUCCCAGAACUGCAAGCAGGUCCGGUCAAAACAUUGCCCGAGGGCUCGGCCCCCAUUACUUCGACAAGGGACAGCAAAACAUCCACACCGUACCGCCUGUACCGCUUCAUGGUGCCGCCAACCCUGAAAUAUCUGGAGUUGCGAAAUAUAGCCUUCAUUGGCGCACAUUUGGCACUCAAUGCCAUCGCGGUCGCACAAGCACAAGCGCUAUGGCUAACAGCGUUCUUCGAGGACGGGAUUCCUCAUCUGGAGCGUUCGAAGUUUGACGUCAACGACAUCCAAUAUCGGACAAUACUGCAGAGUGAAUACUGUCGACUCAGACAUCCUCCCGCCGGCGGCGGGGCGGGGGAGAGAUGUCCGGACUUGGUCUUUGACGGACUGCUAUACACUGAUCUGCUGUUGCGAGAUGUCGGACUAGAGACCUUCAGGAAGCGUGGUAGAUGGCAGGAACUGUUCCACCGCUACCUUCCGAAAGAUUAUGCAGGAAUGAGCUUCGACUUAGCGACUCAUCUGCAGCGUGCCCAUCGGGCUCAAAAUGCUGGCGGAGCAUCGUAG